AGGGCCGUUCGCCCAAAUCACGCUCUCUUACAUAAAUCACAGAAAUGCCGGCACCGGCAAAACGCUCGUUUACCUCUCCUAAUAUGCCGCGGCAGGAUGGCACCGGCGGUAUUCCCUAUUCAACUGAUAAACGACGCAACAAACUUGGCUACCAUCGAACUUCGGUUGCUUGUGGUAUGUUCUACGUGUAGGCGUGAUGGUUCUGAUCAUCGGCCCAACUCAAUUGCUGAUUGUGAACGGUUUCCGUUGGUAUAGGGCAUUGCAGACGUCGGAAGAUACGUUGUAUGGCUCCGAGCGACUCUACCAGCGGUUGUUCUGCCGGCCGUUGCUCCAACUGCAUUCGUUUAAAAAAGGAUUGCAACUUUUACCCCGUGGAGAAUACAGAUCGGCGGCCUAAAUCCCCGCAGAAGCCGAAGACUCCGAGCGACAAUAAUAAUGAUGGUGGUUCCGUCGGAUCCUCCCCAUCUCCGGGAUCUGGCCAGGGACAGGUGCACCGGAACCCCGGCGAGUUUUCUGAAUCGGUCCCCGCAACUCCUGCAUCCGAACAACCGGUAUCGAACAUUGAGGAUAAUUAUCGACCAAAUGGAGAUCCGGAACUCCCACCUCGGAUACCAAUUUCUCAGUCCGCGUCGGCAUCCCGUCGUUCCAGCAUGACUCGUUUGAAUUCGGGGGCAGAAGAGGCAUUUGUGGAUGCCCCUUGGUGGGUGAGGCCUCCCCACCCAGAGAUGCGGUGCCUCAGAAAUCAAUAUGGUAGUUUCGAGGACCUGUCAGGAAUGUAUUGGCAGUUGAAUUCGCCUUCUGUCUGUGGGGCUCACUGCCCGCAGCAUUCUCUUCACAGCAUGACUCCCCUUACCGCACCCGAAUCUUUGGAUAGCUAUGAUGGUGGGAUAUAUUCCCAGGGGCCAUCCCGAAUGGGGUCCAUUGAUCAGGGUAUAGGGGGCGUCUUUGGUUAUACGACUACCCAUUCGCCAGAGGCAGUGGAUUUCGGAGCCGUACCGGAUUUGUGUUCGGCAAGUGCCUCCACAGCGUCCCUGACAGCAUCCAUUUCUGAGGCAUCACAGUACGGCGCUCCAGGAGAACCGGAUUAUGGACAACCUUAUGAUAUGACUCAAUGGGUGGACCAGACGUCGAGCGGAUUCCAUUUCGACCCGGAGAGCAUGGUGAAGGAGGAGGAGGGUGUGGUGAUGGAUGCUCGGUAUCUGUUUUCUGCGGAGGACGGAUACUCGAUGAAUGGCCAUUUUCACCACCUCGCCCACUCAGGUCAGCAUGCGGGGCCCAUCGUCAAAUCGGAUGAGGAAUAGGGUCUUGAUCCCUAUUGUGUGU